AUGCUCGAUUACGAAAGCCUAGGUCAUAUGACUCUCGCAGAAGGUCCUGGUCAAUACUUCAUUCCCCAUCAUGCGAUUCAGAAGUCCGAAGGGGACAGUGUCAAACUGAAAGUGGUGUUUGACGCAUCGGCGAAAUGCCAUUCGGGUGUCUCUCUUAAUCAAUGUUUGUUGGUCGGGCCGAAACUGCAGCAGGACAUCGUUGAUGUUCUGAUUGGAUUCCGCGUACACAAAGUGGCCUUCACCACGGAUAUCUGCAAGAUGUAUCGCCAGAUCGAGGUGCUGCCUCAAUAUCGGAGCUACCAAUACAUCCUGUGGAGGGACUCGUCACAAGCAUCGCUAAAAGAGUAUACACUUAAUACAGUCACGUAUGGAGUAAAUACUGCGCCUUAUUUAGCGUUACGGGUCCUCCGUUACAUCACCGACACGGAAUGUGAAAAUUUCCCGGAUGUGAAAAGGGCUCUGCGCCAUCAGACUUAUAUGGAUGAUAUAUGUGUGGGUGCGGAGUCGUUGGAAGCUGCUAAAACGCCUCAAUCGAAUCUAAUCAACACCCUCGCCAGAUCCGGUUUGGAGUUGAAGAAAUGGGCCAGUAACACACCUGAAUUGCUGGAACACCUACGUCCUGAAGAUUGCUCUGGAAAUCCGCUAGCAUUUGAGCAAAAUGAUGCUACGCACGUAUUGGGAAUGCGGUGGAAUCACGAUCAAGAUUAUUUCUCAUUCAGCAUUAGCAAUUUCAAGAUGAUCCCUACCAAACGUGGAGUGUUGUCUAUGAUCGCCAGAAUCUUUGAUCGACUAGGUCUGUUGGCGCCAGCAACGUUUCAUGCCAAGUCGAUCAUGCAACGUGUGUGGAUCGCAUAG